AUGGUCCUCACACCUUCCACACCACCUCAGUUGUUCUCCAAAUCCAGUGGAGUCACUGGAACGACAAGGGGGGACUAUUUAACUAUACUUAUACCGAAUGAAGACCCGGGAAAUCUCAAGCUACUUCGUGACCACACCUUUAGAACAAAUCCAGCUUUCAGAACAUCGACAUGCCCGUUAUCCCUUCAGCUGAAGAUGAAAGAUGCCGAUUGGACAUUAGCGGGAAAAUAUCACCCGGAGAUUCAGAUGCUAAUGAGUGAAGAACUUGUGGACCAGUCAGAGUACAGAAGACUCCAAACGUUUUCGAUCCCGUAUGGCCUAAAGAUGAGACCAUCCCUUUCCUAUGACGAUUUGGCUCGAAUCUUAAGUUUGUUUCCCGCCUCCGAAUCCAUUUUUGAGUUUCCGGACGGUGAGUUCCGCCCGUCGUGCAUUCGCUGCGCGGUAGUCGGAAAUGGAGGGAUCCUAAACGGCUCGGCAAGAGGCAGGGAAAUCGAUGACCAUCAUAUGGUUUUCAGGUUGAACAAUGCCAUUCGUAGAGGUCACGAAGUUGAUGUUGGGAAUCGAACCACCCACUACUUUUUCUACGACAGGUCUUUACAAAACAUGGACAAAAGAGAUGUUCCAACAGAUAAAGGGAUUAAGUACGUAUUCAUACCGUGUCGUCAUAACGACUACGUGUACAUCAAAAGAGUUGUGAAUGGCUGGGAACCCAAGAUACAUGCCAGUGCAACAGACGUGCGGAUCUUACAUCCAGAUUUCAUCAGAUACGUCCAAAGAAUUUGGAUGGGGAAUUCUGAGUUAUCGAGCUUUUACCGCCCGAGCACCGGCGCCCUGAUGCUGUUCACUGCGUUGCACGCAGGCUGUGACAGAGUACAAGUCUUCGGUAUGGGUUAUCAGCUGAUGUACUCGGUUUACUACUACGAUGCGGACUACCAACGGCCUCACGUAGCUACGUCUGUGCACGAUCUAGCGAAGGAGACCGAGUUGAUGGACUCCUUUAAUGAUGCUGGGAUUAUCGACUGGUAUCAGAGACGUACAUGA